GUUACUAGCAGCUUCUUGUUACUAGUAGCAAUGCCCUUGUUACUAGCAGCUUCUCGCUAGUAGUUCCUCGAUGAAUUCGACCCAUGGCGAUUCAAGUCUACGAAUGUGGCGAUUUGCUUCUGACCAUCCUCGAGGAUUCCGUGACUUGCUCACAGGACUUUGCUGGCUUAUUGAAGCAGCGCAUCUGUGAAGUCCGUGGCGUGCCCACCGGCCGUCAGAAGUUACUGCUGGGCAAGUUGGAGAUCACGGAGGGUCAAUCCUGGAAAUCCUUGGGCGGUCCCACCGAGGUCUCCGUGGAAAUCCUCCCCGAGGAUCUCUACACAGCCUGCGAGCGGGGCGACGACGAGCUCGUGAGGGCCUUGCUGCGGCAGCGCACGGAUCCCAACGUGCCAGACGAGCGGAAGAGAAAUCCCUUGGACCUGGCCAUCGAGAACGGCCACGGUUUUGUGGUGCGAUCGCUGUUGAGUGCGAAAGCACAGCUCACUGCCAACUGUUUGCACUUGGCUUUGCACUUGGCCGUUCAGAGGGAGCACAUGGAGAUCCUGGAUUGCAUGCUGGCCACCCGUGCGGACAUCAAUCAGCCGCUGAAUGGCCUGACGCCUUUGCAGUCGGCCUCCGCCAAAGGCUCCACACAGAUCGUCCGGGCCUUGCUGGCCAGUGCUGCGAACGUGGACGCGCAGAGCCGCGACACCGGCGAGACUGCGCUGCACCUGGCGUCCAACGACGAUGUGGCCCGCGAGCUCUUCGCCGCUAAGGCUUCACCCGACGUGGCCGACCACCUGGGCGCCAAGGCCUUCUACCGUGCGGCAGAGCUGGGCCGGGACGGGGUGGCACGAAGCUAUUUCGACGCCGGAAUCCUCACGGACUGGGAAGCGGCGAACAAAGUGAUCAGGGCCGUACACGCGGCCCCACCCCUGACCGCCUUGGAUCGGAAGCUGCGUCUGGCGGCGUGGAAUUGUGGUGGUGGAUCCGCGAUUGAUGGAUAUAUUGCUCAAGGUGCAAAUCCCAACGUGGCGAAUGUCUUUGGAUACACGCCCCUGCACCUCUCAGCAUCGGCGGGCAAUGUCGAAGGUCUUUGUCUACUGUUGAGAGCCUCCGCGUCAGUGGAUGCCGUGACCUUAGAGGAGGCCUUCACCUCGUUGCACAUGGCCGCCACCAACGGAUGGGUCGAAGUCGUGAUGCAGCUCAUUCAUGCACAGGCCUUCAUCGACAAGAAGAGCGGGGAGAAGCACACCGCACUGCACUUGGCCGCCAGUGUUGGGCAUUGCGAAGUCGUCCGGAACCUGGUCUUUGCAAGCGCCUCCCUGGAUGAGCACGACCACGAUGGCGCCACGCCUUUGCACUUGGCCUGUGCUGACGGCCACUGCGAGACGGUGCGCCUCUUGCUGGUGGCCUCCGCGUCGGUGGAGCGACGGGACGAAGGUGGCAACAUGCCAUUUCACUUGGCUGCCUCCAAUGGACACCGGGCCGUGGUGGCAUCCUUGCUCUUGGCCUUCGCUCCUUUAGACCAACGAGACCAGGACGGGAAUCUCACACUGCACCUCGCAGCUCGUGGUGGACACUCCGGGGUUGUGGCCAGCUUGGUGGAAGCCAUGGCGCCUGUCGCAGCGACCAACAUCUUCGGCAACACCCCUUUGCACUUGGCCUCGGCCUAUGCACGCCUGGAAGUGGUGAAGUUCCUGCUCCGAGCCCAAGCACCGGUGAACAACGCCAACUGCCGGGGCGAAACGGCCCUGCACCUGGCACUACAGGAUGGCUUCUUAGAGGUUGCUCAAACCCUCCGUGAAGCUGGUGGGUGUUCACCUGAGACAGCUAGCUACGACAUGUAUUUGCCUGAAGCUGGAUGGUGGCCACCCAAGACCUUUCAGGUCUUUGCAUACCCAUGGCCGGCACCUUAUCAAUGAGAUAAGUAUCAAGCUUUCAUCAGGUGGGAAGACAGACAGUGCACGAGCGUCGGAAGCUGUGGAAAUUCUAGUGUUUGCAAUUCUUUGCCACAGCUACGUCGCUUUAUAGAGAUUCCUCCUCCCAACCGAUCAACCUGUUGCAACAUCCACCUGAGCGAUACUGACAUCUCGAAUUCAAGCUUCUCCUCACUGCCUUCGUGACAAAUGCGCAGAAAAAGCUUGAUCCUUCCAGUGAUGCAAAUAGCACACCCAAGAUGUUCUAGCAAAUGUUACUACGAGGGCCAAAGCCACAUUCAGCAUGUUUCAAGCGGCUAUUAGGUUGGUGGCCAUUGCUAUUAGGUUGGAGGCCAUCGCUAUUGGAGGCCAUCCCUAUAAGCUUGGAGGCCAUCGCCAGUAGGUUGGAGGCCAUCGCUACUGGGCUGGAGGCCAUUGCUAUUUGAUUGGAGGCCAUCGCUAUUAGGUGUGUGGAGGCCAUUGCUGUUAGGUUGGAGAUCGCUGGCAGGUUGGAGGCCAUUGCUACUAGGUUGGAGGCCAUGGCUAUUGGGCUGGCUGGAGGCCAUUGCUAUUAGGUUGGAGGCCAUUGCCAGGUUGGAGGCCAUCGCUGUCAGGUUGGAGGCCACCGCUAUUAAACUGGAGGCCAUUGUUUUUUCGAUUGGAUGGAGGCCAUUGCUGGUAGGUAGGAGGCCAUUAUUAGUAGCUUGGG